AUGGCGUCGGGCACCUCAAUGCCCUUCUCUUCCCUCCAACCGAUCCCAGCGGGCGGUCGCAAGCCCAAGAACCUCGGCGAGUUCAUUGCCCGCGUACAAGCGGAACGCGGCUUCCGUAACGUCACGGAGGAGAGUCUCAAACAAGAGAUCGAGGACCGCAAGAAUGGCGUCGCCGAUGUGAAGGAGGAGGAGGAUACCGCCAUGGCCGACGGAAACAACGACGAGGACGAAGAGCCGGCAGACGCCAACGCCGUGCGGAUGGAUGUGUUGAGAAAUAUUGAUGUCGCCCAUAACGCCGCGCUUAUGACCCUCGACUUCAUCUCAUUACUCCUCUCGAAAGAAAGCCCCGCCCAAGCCGGCGUCACCCUAUCCCAACAACUGCGCGAGUGGACUGGCAUCGGCACUCUGGGUAUUGCCAAGCGAGAGGACAACGAAGAACAGAAGCAGCGCGACGCUGAGAAGGCCAAGGAUAAUCGCGACGUCUCGCUGGGCUGGGCCUUGAUCGACAUCAACAACACGAAGGAGUCGGCCGACAAGGCAGCAAGCCACCUGAGCAAGGAGAUCGAGCGUGAGGAGAAGUACUGGGGUGAGGUUCUGGCAGUACACCAGGCUGGUUGGUCCAUGUGCAGACUGCCAGCGGAGAGGCAUACCCUGGGCGUGAGAUUCGGUUUCUCAGAAGCAUCGCCCGAGUUCAGGAAUAGCAGUCUCGCCCCUCUACGGCGAGGUGAUGACGGUUCGGCGCUUCUCAAGCACGGUCGAGUUGGCUCGGGCUGUCAACGUCUCGGUAUCACCAUCAGCAGAUCAGGCGAGACGACCGGCCGCCUCACCACCGGCGUCUCCGUCCCAGACACAGCCCUACUACAAGAUCGCGUCCUCGAAGCGCGAAACACCAUCUUCGCGCAGGAACUCUGGCAUGAGCUCCACCGCGAAGCCCACUCGCUCGCCUCGUACGGCGUCCGCGCAAGCAACUCCGCCAUCACAUUCAAUCCUCCAUCGGGGCCAAGCCUCAACCUCGAGCUCGAGACGCUCGAAGAAUUCGCCAACACCGUAGACGACCACCCAGACAACAAACUCGCCGAGGCAACGCAUCUCGGCCUACACAUCUUCCUCAGCCAUGCCCACCGUAUAAACGAGCUCCAGCGCCUACGCCCGGUGCCUCCCCACCAACGCCGCAACCAGACGCAAAACCAGUACCACCUCCUCCGCCCCAUCCUCGCCAAGAUCAUCCACGACCGCUCCAUAGCGCAAGCAACCCGCUUCGCCGGCGACCUCACCAGCAUCUUCCGCCAGUCCGGCGUCGACUCUGCGACCUUUACCCUGAGCACGUCCUCCUUACCCACGGCCGACCUGCGAAACAAUUCUGGCGGCUCUUCCAACCGCCCCAGCGCCUCCCAGGCCCUCGCCAACUCCCUCACAACACUACCGGCAGAUUUCGACAUCGAACUCACCCUAACCCCGCUAUCCCGCCUCCAGAUCCGCGGCCGAACAUUCCUCCUCCCCCUCACGACGACCCAGUACCAGAUCCAACUCCUCCCCAACACCACUCAGCCUCCCAACACCGACACCCCGGCGCCGCCCAACUCCCUCCAAACAUCCUACCCGCCCUCCCGCGACCCCUACCCGGACCUCGCCGCCGUAAAGCUCUACCUCACCAACGCCGCCGCCCACGCCCUCACAGACUACGCCAUGACCCUCAUCCCGCCGCCCCAACAACCACAGCCGAACUCCUCCUCCUCCGACCCCGCACACCCGGAGUGGGUGAAAUCCGUCCGCGGCACCGCCAUCCGCGACGUCGACACCGAGACCCGCGAGGUCCGCUUCGACAUCCUCGACGGCCCCGAGGGCCGCCCCGCGCUCCAGGUCGGCGCCGCCUGGCGCGCCGGCGAUCAGGCCCGAAUCAAGCGUUGGGCCUGGCCCGGCGGGGGUGGCACUGGCGCGGAGACGAAGCCAUCGGCCACCAUUGUCGACAUCGUCACCGCCGUCGUGCAGUCCAAGGAAGUCUAG